AUGGAGGUUUCUUCUGGGUUUCUUGAGGAUGAAUCUGUGAGCAAAUCUGGUGCUGUUGAGUCUCCAGUUAAGGUUGCUCAGAAGAGUGAAGCACAGGAUUGGAGGCAACUGUUUCAUAAGGAGAAAUCCAUAGGAACAUUGCAGUAUUUCGCUCAUUCUCAUGAGGGUGGACGAGUUGUAGUGAAGCCUCCAAAGGAAGCGAUUAAGGAAGGUAUUUCAAAAUGGUCCUCUUCUCUGGUAGGCCAGUUUCUUGAUAAACCUCUUCCUUAUUAUAUUGUUAAACGUUCUGUUCAGAGUAUUUGGGCUCAAUAUGGGAAGGUUGAAGUUUUCUUGUUGGAGAAUGGAUUAUAUUUGUUUAAAUUUGCUGAUGAGAAGACACGAGAUGAGGAGAUGGAGGCAAGAGUCUGGCAUAUGGCUAAUAAACCUUUGAUCUUACGCAAAUGGACCCCUGGUAUACAACUUCUAAAGAUUUCUCUAUCUUCUGUUCCUGUUUGGAUUAAAUUGCAUAAUCUGCCUAUUGAGUUUUGGAAUGCUACAUGUUUGAGUUAUAUAGCUAGUGGUGUUGGUAAGCCUAUAUGUGCUAAUUCGGUUACUGAGGAACAGUUGAGGCUUGGUUUUGCUAGAGUUUUGGUUGAAGUAGAUAUGAAUUCUGUUUUUCCUAAAGAGGUUGAAAUUGUUGGUGUUGAUGGGGGUAGGGUUGUAGUUGGCAUUGAAUAUCCAUGGCUUCCUGUUAAAUGUAAGAAAUGUAAGUUGUUUGGUCAUCUUUCUCAUACUUGCACAAAGGUUGAGAAACAGGUUUGGCUUCCAAAACAUACUGAGCCUGUUCAAAAUUUGAAUGCUGGUCUUGUGGUGGAAAAGGCUGCUGAGUUGAAGAAUGGUGGUUCUAAUAUAGUGGCUGAACCUAAAUGGAAUGUGGGGGUGGAUAGAAGGCAUCUUUGGUCUGAUUUAUGUUCUAUGAAGGGAAAAGUAUGUAAUAAUCCUUGGAUGAUUUGUGGGGAUUUUAAUGUAGUUCUUUCUUUGGCUGAAAAAUGGGGUUCUGAUAAGCUUUCUUCGUAUGAAAUUGAAUUUGGUCAAUGUGUGAAUGAUCUUGAAGUUUUGGAUCUUAAUUUUAGUGGGUGUUUUUACACUUGGACUAAUAAAAGUGAGGAGCCUUGGUUUGUAGCCAGAAAAUUGGAUAGAGUUUUGGCUAAUGUGAAUUGGAUGCGUUCUUUUGGAAGUACUGCUGUGGAAUUCCUUUCUGAGGGAAUUUCUGAUCAUUCCCCUACUAUUAUUUCAGCAGGUUCUUUACAAAGUUUUGGCCCUAAACCCUUUAAGUUCUAUAACUUUUGGUUGGAGCAUGAAGGGUUCUUGGAUUGGGUUAAUGAGGGUUGGAGCAUUCAGACUGAGGGCUUCCCUAUGUAUCAGUUGUAUGUGAAACUUCGGUCUAUGAAAGCUAUUUUAAAGGAGAAAAAUAUGGUUUGUUUUGGGAAUUUAAAGCAAAGGGUUAUUCAAGCUCGUGAGAAUCUGACUUUAGCUCAGAAUGGUGUUCUUGCUUCUUUUGGUAGUGCUGAUAGUCUUCUUAAAGAAAGGGAAUGUCUUUAUGCUUAUGUUUCCAUUACUAGAGCUGAGGAAUCCUUUUUGAAACAGAAGGCUAGGAAUCAAUGGUUGCAAUUGGGAGAUCAGAAUAAUAGUUUUUUCCAUAGAUCUCUAAAGGUUCAAAAUGCUAGGAAAACUAUUAACUAUUUGUGGGAUGAGCAUGGCACUAAAGUAGAUGAUGUUGAUCAGAUCAAGAAGGUGGCUGAGGAUUUUUACAAGAAUCUGUUAGGUACAGAUCAGGUGCAAUUUACUGAGGCAAAAGUAGCUAGAGUUAGGCAACUUAUUCCUGUUGCUAUAUCUCUUGAACAUGCAGCCAUUUUGGAGAAGAAGGUUACUGCAGAAGAAAUUAGAGACACCUUAUUUCAUAUGAAAGCAAACAAGGCUCUUGGUCCUGAUGGGUUUUCUGCAGAUUUUUUUAAAUCUACUUGGUCUAUUGUGGGACAGGAGGCAGUGGCUGCCAUUAAAGGUGAUUUGGUGAGUAUGAACCAAUCUGCUUUUAUUCCUUCUAGGAAUAUUUCUGAGAAUGUUUUAUUGGCUCAGGAACUUGUGAGGGGUUAUCAUAAGGAAAAAGGGAAUCCUAGAUGCACUUUAAAAAUAGACCUUAUGAAAGCAUAUGAUUCUUUUGAAGGUAAAAAGGGGCUGAGGCAAGGUGAUCCUAUAUCUCCUUACUUGUUUGUUCUUGCUAUGGAGGUUUUUUCUUGGAUUAUGGCUGAUCACACUAGUGGUAAUGGUGGUUUUGAAUUUCAUCCUAAAUGUGUGAGAAUGAGGCUUACUCAUUUGUGUUUUGCAGAUGAUCUCUUGAUCUUUUCAGAAGCUAGUUUGAGCUCUAUAAGAGUUAUCAAGGUUGCUCUGCUUGAGUUUGAAAAUUUGUCUGGUUUGAAAGCUAACCCUUCAAAAAGUUCAUUUUAUUGUUCUGAAAUUUCAGAUAGAUUGAAGCAUGUUCUUUUGGAUGAUUUAAGGAUGAAAGAAGGUCAUCUCCUUGUGAGGUACCUUGGAGUUCCUCUCAUUUCUUCUAGACUUUCUUCAGCUGAUUGUGGAGCUUUACUUAGCAGAAUUUAUGGUCGAAUAGAUUCUUGGCUUUUCAAAAAUCUCUCUUAUGCAGGUAGGCUCCAGUUGUUAUCUUCUGUUCUUUACAGUUUACAAGUGUAUUGGAUGGGUAUUUUCAUUCUUCCCAAAAAGAUUAUUAGAGCUAUUGAACAAAAAUUCAAUAGGUUUCUUUGGAAUGGGAAAGAGGAAGGUGUAGCUAAGGCUAAAGUUGCUUGGUCUAAUCUUUGUUUUCCUAAGAAGGAGGGAGGGAUAUUAAUUGAGCAGUAUGGCUUUAGGGUUGUUUAUGAUGCUCAAAGUAAUAUUGAAGCUAAACUGUCUUCUGUCAUCUGCAAUGGAGAUUGGUUUUGGAGACCUGCGAGAUCAGAAGCUUUAGUUGCCAUUCAAGCUAGUCUUUCUAAAGAUGUCUAUGUUAGUGCAAAAACUUGGGAAGCUCUUAGAAAGAAGAAUGCAGAGGUGAAAGGUUACUUAAAUGGGGUUAUAAGGGUGAUAUUCAAUGAUGUUUUUGUCAUAGUCAAAUUGAAACUCGUGAUCACAUCUUCUUUGAAUGCAGUUUUAGUUCUAGAAUAUGGAAAUAUGGCAUGGUUCGUUGUAGGGUGUGUAGGCCUCCUGUUAUCUGGGAUCAUCUUGUGCAGUUAG